UGCUGAUUGGAAGGAGACCAGAGAACCUCAGUCAGCUUUAAACUCUCUGAAACAUGAUUCAAGAUGUAAGAAAUCAUUCAGCUGCUCUGAGUGUGGGAGGAGUUUUGAUCGUAAGCCACUCCUGAAGAGACACAUGAUAACUCACACAGGAGAGAAGCCUUUCAGCUGCUCUGAGUGUCAGAGGAAAUUUUGCCGCAAGUCAAAUUUGGAAGAUCACAUGAUAACUCACACAGGAGAAAAACCUUAUAGCUGCUCAUUUUGUAAGCAAAGAUUUGCCCACAAGUCAACUCUUAAAAAACACAUGAGAAUCCACACAGGAGAGAAGCCUUUUAGCUGCUCGGUUUGUAAUAAGUCUUUUACACAGAGUGGACAUUUACAAAUACACCUAAGAAUCCACACAGUAGAGAAGCCUUUUAGCUGCUCUGUUUGUAAUAAAUCUUAUACACAGAGUGCAGAUUUACAGAAACACAUGGCAGUCCACACAGUAGAAAAACCUUUCAGCUGCUCUGAGUGUCAGGGGAAAUUUGGCAGCAAGUCUAAUCUGGAAGAUCACAUGAUAACUCACACAGGAGAAAAACCUUUUAGCUGCUAUGAGUGUGGUAAAGCUUUUACUGAAAAAGGAAACCUGAAGAGACAUGUCAGAAUUCACACAGGAGAGAAACCUUUUAACUGCUUAGUCUGUAAAAAAUCUUUUACACAGAGAGGAAGUUUACAGUCACACAUGAGAACUCACACAGGAGAAAAACCUUUUAGCUGCUCAGUCUGUAAAAAAUCUUUUAAACGGAGAGGAGAUUUAUAUAAACACAUGAGAGUCCACACAAGAGAAAAACCUUUCAGCUGCUCAGUCUGUAAGAAAUCUUUUACACAGAGUGGAAGUUUACGGUCACACAUGGCCGUAGUCCACGCAGGAGAGAAAAAAUUCAGCUGCAGUGUUUGUGAUAAAAGAUUUGGCUGGAGUUCUGAUGUCAAAAAACAUAAAUGUGUUGGUCAUAUAAACACAGGAGCUGAUGUAGAAGACUGUGAAGCACCAGAACCAGCAAGGAACUCAUAUCCAUUUUUACAACCAGAGACUGAAGAGCAGACUGGAGACUCUUCUGAACCUGAGAAUGAUGACAGUGCUGAUUGGAAGGAGACCAGAGAACCUCAGUCAGAUUUAAACUCUCUGAAACAUGAUUCAAGACGUAAGAAAACAUUCAGCUGCUCUGAGUGUGGGAGAAGAUUUGGCUUCAAGGCAACUCUGAAGACACACAUGAGAACUCAUACAGGAGAGAAACCUUUUAGCUGCUCAGUUUGUAAGAAAGAUUUUACACAGAGUGGAAAUUUACAAAAACACAUGAGAAUCCACACAGGAGAGAAGCCAUUUAGCUGCUCUGAGUGUGGUAAAACUUUCACUGAAAGUGGAACCCUGAAGAAACACAUGAUAACUCACACAGGACAAAAGCCUUUUAGCUGCUCAGUUUGUAAGAAAUCGUAUACACAGAGUGGAGAUUUACAGAAACACAUGAUAAUCCACACAGGAGAAAAACAUAAAUGUGUUUUACAUAUAAACACAGAAGCUGAUGGAGAGGACUGUGGAGUACCAGAACCAGCCAGGAACUCACAUCCACUUUUACAACCAGAGACUGAAGACCAGAAUGGAGACUCUUCUGAUCCUGAGACUGGUUACAGUGCUGAUUGGAAAGAGACCAGAGAACAACUUUCAGCUUUAAACUCUCUGAAACAUGAUUCAAGAUAUGUUAAUCAGCUGUUGGUGGUUAAAGAAGAGGUUCCCCCUGAGCAUGUUGAGCAGCUGUUGGUGGUUAAAGAAGAGGUUCCCCCUGAGCAGCAGGAGUGUAGCUCCAGUGUGGACCAGCAGGAGCCAGAGCCCCCCCCACACAUUAAAGAGGAACAGGAGGAACUGUGGAGCAGUCAGGAGGGAGAGCAGCUUCAAGGGCUGGAGGAGGCUGAUAUCACCAAGUUCCCAUUCACUCCUGUCCCUGUGAAGAGUGAAGAUGAUGAAGAGGAAGCUCAGUCCUCACAGCUUCAUCAGAGACAAACUCAACACAUGGAAACAGAAGCUGAUGGAGAGGACUGUGGAGGACCAGAACCACCCAGGAACUCACAUCCACUUUUACAACCAGAGACUGAAGACCAGACUGGAGACUCUUCUGAACCUGAGACUGUCAGUGCUGAUUGGAAGGAGACCAGAGAACCUCAGUCAGCUUUAAACUCUCUGAUACAUGAUUUACAUUGUAAGAAAGCAUUCAUCCAACCAUUUGAUUUAAAGGGAAAUUCUAAGAUACACAUGAGAAUCCACACAGGAGAGAAACCUUUCAGCUGCUCUGAGUGUGAUAAACGAUUUGGCCAGAAGGAACAUCUGAAGAGACACAUGAUAACUCACACAGGAGAAAAACCUUUUAGCUGCUCACUUUGUGAUACAAGAUUUGGAAAUGAUUAUAAUCUGAAGACCCACAUGAUAACUCAUACAGGAGACAAACCUUUCAGCUGCUCAGUUUGUGAUAAAAGAUUUGGCCUCAAGUCAAUUCUUAAGAAACACAUGUUAACUCAUACAGAUGUUGAACAGCUGUUGGUGGUUAAAGAAGAGGUUCCCCCUGAGCAGCAGGAGUGUAGCUCCAGUGUGGACCAGCAGGAGCCAGAGCCCCCCCCACACAUUAAAGAGGAACAGGAGGAACUGUGGAGCAGUCAGGAGGGAGAGCAGCUUCAAGGGCUGGAGGAGGCUGAUAUCACCAAGUUCCCAUUCACUCCUGUCCCUGUGAAGAGUGAAGAUGAUGAUGAGGAAGCUCAGUCCUCACAGCUUCAUCAGAGACAAACUGAACACAUGGAAACAGAAGCUGAUGGAGAGGACUGUGGAGGACCAGAACCAGCCAGAAACUCACAUCCACUUUUACAGCCAGAGACUGAAGACCAGACUGGAGACUCUUCUGAUCCUGAGACUGAUGACAGUGCUGAUUGGAAAGAGACCAGAGAAUCUCAGUCAGCUUUAAACUCUCUGAAACAUGGUUCAAGAUGUAAGAAAACAUUCAGCUGCUCUGAGUGUGGGAGAAGAUUUGGCUUCAAGUCACAUCUGAACAGACACAUGAUGACUCACACAGGAGAUAAACCUUUUAGCUGCUCUGUGUGUGGGAAAAUAUUUAGCCAAAAGACAGAUCUGGAGAGACACAUGAGAACUCACACAGGGGAGAAACCUUUUAGCUGCUCAGUUUGUAAGAAAUCUUUUACAGAGAGAGGAGGUUUACGGUCACACAUGGUAGUCCACACAGGAGAAAAACCUUUCAGCUGCUCAAUUUGUAAGAAAUCUUUUACAGAGAGGGGAAGUUUACAGAGACACAUGUUAGUCCACACAGGAGAGAAACCUUUCAGCUGCUCAAUUUGUAAGAAAUCUUUUACACAGAGAGGAUAUUUACGGUCACACAUGGCAGUCCACACAGGAGAGAAAAGAUUCAGCUGCAGUGUUUGUAACAGAAGAUUUGCCUGGCAUUCUGAUGUCAAAAGACAUAAAUGUGUUGGUCAGAUAAACACAGAAGCUGAUGGAGAGGACUGUCAGUUUUUCCCACAGAAUUAGAUUCCAUUUGUGGUGGUAGCUGACCCGGGGUGGGGGGCAGAAAGAGGUGCAGACUUCUUAUAUUGAUUGUACUACAAAUAUUUUUAUACAAAAUUCUGCAGGUAACCGUUCAAAUUCCUAAAUGUAAUGGUAUAAUGCAGUAAGGCACAUGUGUCAAACUCAAGGCCCGCGGGCCAAAUUCGGCCCCUCGCAGAUUUUGAUCUGGCCCGUGUAUCAAUUUAGGUUCACAAUAAAUUUU